AAUUUCAGGGGACUGAAUGCUAGUGAAUGGACGAGCUUUGGCCCAGUUAUGCAUCGAUGAGUCAUAUGAAGCGAAACUAUCCGGUACUCUCUUCCUGUUACAGGAUGGACGUUGGCGAUCUUUGCACGGUAUAUUAAAAGCUAAUUUACUAUUUUUAUUCAAUCAACCAGAAGAUGUAGGCAUUGAAGCUCCAUGUAUAAUUCUGAUUUUGGAGGAUUGCUAUAUGGAACUGUGUGAUGAUAAUGUAACAAAGCGGUCGUAUUCAUUUGAAGUCAUUUUAAAAACGACCGGAAGGAAGUUUACAUUUGCUGCAGACAAUUUCAAAGCCUUGGAGCAAUGGAUUUCGUCCUUGACAGUUGCUUCACUGGAAUACAUUACUAUCACAAAGCAAUCAUUUUUGGAACAAAUAAGUAACAGUGAUAAAAAAACUUGAUAGAGAUUGGAAAUUUUGAAUCCACUUAAUCCUUGAUCGUUUUUACUGUUUAUUGCAGAUAGCAGUCCUUCAAAUUAUUGCAGUAAUAAAG